CUCCCAAUGUUCCUCCCGGGCUCACACUCCUGCGGCGCCUUUUUUUUUUUUCCCCCCGCCCCCUUUCUCAUCCCCUCCGCCGUCAGCGACCCCCGCCACUGGUUCUGCCUCCUUUUCCCCCUCGGACCUCGCGAGCCAUGGGCUUCAACACCUUCCUCAGCAAGCAGCAGCAGAAGGAGCAGGAGAUCUGCGUUCUAGUGCUUGGCCUCGACAAUGCCGGCAAGACCACCGUCACGCACGCCCUCCUGGGAUCGGACACGGCCGGCAUUGAACCCACCUUCGGCUUCAACAUCCGCUCACACGAGAUCGAUGGGUUCACGCUGAACAUCUGGGACGUCGGCGGCCAGCGGACCCUGCGAUCCUUCUGGCGGAAUUACUUCUAUGCGGCCGAGGCCCUGGUGUGGGUGGUGGAUGCGUCGGACCCCCGGCGCCUGGCCGACUGCCGCAGUGAGCUAUCCAGCAUCCUCCAGGAGGAGAGCCAGAUCUGCACCACCCUGCUGAUCCUGGCCAACAAGCAGGACAUGCCCGGAGCCCUGCCUCCGGAGCGCGUGGCCGCCGAACUGGGCCUCGGCGAGGCUCCGACGGCACCGCCUCCCGGGCACCCGGCUGAGCUGCCCGGUCCGCGGCCUCAACGACAGUGGGCCAUUUUCGGGUGCAGCGCCCACACGCCGGCCGGACAGCAGCAAAUCCAACAGGCCUUCCGGUGGCUGGUGGCCGAGGUGGCCAGCCGGGUAUCUUUGCCCAAAUGAAAGGAUUGUCCUCGCUCAAGCUGCAUGCACAUUUGAAUGUCGGCGUGUGUUGGCUUCCGCCAGAGAAGGAAGGAAGGGGGGGGGGGAGACAGCAACGUGGAAUGGAUGCACGCGAGCUGGGA